UUCUAGUGGAACAUUCUGGAGUUAGGUUUGGCGAAAAGAACAGCUGAUUGCUGAAAUGUCUCACAGUCACGCAGCUGACACUUUCUAAAAUGGCUUCUGCUGAGGAAAUGGGGAGGGCAGCUGGGAGGGAGAGAGAGGACGAUAGAUUCUUGGGUGACUUUUCAGCUUUUACUCACCUGCAACCUUGACAAAUAUGUAAAAGCAAUUUAAAUGUUAUACUUACUCUCCCUGAGCAUGCUUUUAAUUCUGCCAUACAGACAUAAACGCAUCUGUUCUCGUUGUGUUUUUGUGUCCUGGACAUCAGUGACGCGUAGAUGUGCACUCACCAAUCAAACAGUGUCACUGGUCUAUCACCUUUCUUAUUUUUAGCCUCUCCAAGAAUGGAAGUUCAGCCAGGCCCAUCUGUGGCCUAAAUUUAGCGCCCCCGCCCCCACACGUACAAAUACACAAACACACUAUCUGGCACCUUUUACAACUCACAAGUCUUUGCAUGCAUCACACAUACACACACAAACUUUGCUUUCAUUUCCUGAAUGUAAUUUGUUUUUGCUUGGAAAUAACCUCAGCCGAAUAAGGUGAGUUUUUCUUUUCAUAGCGUAUCAUUUUCACCAAAAAUGUCAACUUUUAAAGCUGCAAGGGUCACUUCACGUUAAAGGGUUUGCAGCAUUACGUAUGCACAGCAUACGGAGCUGUCACAUGGACACAAAUGAUUACAGAUAUGUUUGGGCACAUCGACGGGGUUUGCAGAUGGCAGAAGUUUGACCACCGCCGGCCUCGGAGGCCAACAUGGCUGCGGGUCGAGUGGCGGACAUGAGCUUGAUGGACAUCUCCAAGAUCUUCUCCCUGCUGCAGCCCAGGGAGGAGGAUGAGGACAAAGCGCUGAGUCAAGCGUUGAACAACGCCGUGAGCGGCGACGACAUCUCCCUCCUCUCGCAGCUUCUUUCUCAGGAGAGCUACAGGAGGUCCAUCAACAAUCGAAGCGGCUGGGGGGUCCCCGUCACCCCCUUACGGACUGCCGCUGCUUUGGGACGCCUCAAGUGCUUGGAGCUGCUGCUGGAGCACGGUGCAGAGGUAGAUAGUCUGGACGUGAAGGCCCAGACACCCUUGUUCACGGCCGUGAGCGGCAAACAUCUGGACUGCGCGGUGGCUCUCCUGAAGGCCGGAGCCGACCCAAACGGAAGCCAGCACAACAACUGCUCGCCGGUGCUGACAGCUGCUCGAGAAGGGGAUGUGGACAUUCUCCAAGAGUUGCUACGCUUCGGAGCGGAGGUGGACGUCCGACCCAAAGGGCCAGAAUGGGCAUCUAACGCUCCGGCGUGCCGGGGGCCUCUUUAUAUCUCGGCCGUGUACGGCCAUCUGGACUGCUUUAAACUCCUGCUCCUCCACGGAACUAACCCCAACUAUAACUGCACAGAAGAGAAGAUGCUAGCCCGAAUUAAGCAGCCAAAGACCGUGCUGGAGGUAUGUUUGCGUUAUGGUUGCGGCGUGGAGUACAUCCAACUUCUGAUAGACUUUGGAGCAGACGUGUACCUGCCGACGCUCAUCGUUGACAAGACGACAAAGCAGAACGAAGCCUUGGCUCUGCUGCUCAAAGCAAGGGUUUGUCCCAAAUCCCUGAUGUCACAGACUCGCCUGGCAGUCCGCAGACAUCUUCAUUUCGCCAACAAAGAGCCUGCCGUUGACAGUUUGCAGAUCCCGCUUAUCCUGAGGAACUACCUGAAGCACGACACCUCUGAACGCGCACGAUGUUCCAGUUAGCAUCGGGAGAAGCAGUAAUAAUUUUGAUGUCAGUGUUGUUUAUCAAGUCCGUUUCAAGUUAAAAAAAAUUGUGGACAACAUUCUAUUUAUUCAUUUUCUAUAAAGCUUGUCAUCAUUAUGGCCAGAGCUUAUCCCAACUAACCGUGUGCAAAAGGCAGGGUACACACCAAGGACUGAUCUCCUGCCCCAGUUAGCUGCCCCUUGUGAGGAUAAGCAGUUCAGAUGAUGGACGGAUGUGAACGAUGCUGCUGUUUUUUUUAACUGAUCGCUUUUCAAAUUCACCUCUAUGGGCCUCCUAGCUGACCAAAAGCAACAUCAGCAUUUUUUUUCUCUUUGGUCAGUUUCAACAAGAAAAAACUAAUCUUGAACGAUGAGCACACUGCAAAACAUUUUAAUCAUCAGCAACUUGGUGAGUGAAUCUAGUGUAUUUGUUUUUACUUUUUCACGUUUUAGUCAUGUUAUUCAAUAAAUACUUAUUUCUAACUGCUCCAUAUCAUCUACUGUUGUGUUGCAUUUGUGUAUAGUAACCAUCCAUCGCUUAUCCUCACGAGGGUCACGGGUGUGCUAGAGGCAAUCCCAGCUGUUAUCUUGCAGGAGGCGGGGUACAACCUGAACUGGUUGCCAGUUAAUCGCAGGAAGACUUCAGGGAGGCCCUUUUCCGUCUCAUGACCGCAAUUCCAUUCUAUGAUGGGCUUAAGAGGCUCUGGAUCUCAAAAGCAAAUAAAAACACAAGUAAGGCAAGCGUGCAGGGAGGCAGUGGUCUUUUGGAUAAAUACACCACAUACAAUCUCUCCUUUGUAUUGAUUAGCGUUUGGCGUUAAACCCCCAAAGAUGUCCGAAUACUUUAGUCCAUGCCAAACACUUCCAUGUCCUUAUCAAGCGUAACAUCACUGAUGAGCACUAGAGGCCGCAGUUGCGCUACUCGUUGAUCUGACUCAAUCUCGGGCCUUGCCAAAGGCAGUUUAGCUGAGCUAUUUUAGGCUUCAGUCACCCUCAGCUUGCUGUUUGAUUUUGCGAGUAUCUUCUCCCACAUAAAGAGUUAAAUCCCUCCAUCUAAAGAGUCACAACUGGGGCGAACCUCUCGAAAACCCACACCCACACCGCGUCACGCCAAUGAGUUUUAACGUCUCGGCGGGAAAAGUCUUUCCAUCUUGUAGGCUUGAAAGGAUGAAGAAGAGGAGCAGUCGGCUGAGAGAUGUAUUUGCAUAAUUCUCAUUACUUAUUGAUGGCAGCACACUUACACUCUGCAGACUCACUUUUGGCAGGCAUUUAAAAAAAAACAAAAAAAAAAAACAAUGGCAGCACGGUGGACGACUGGUUAGCAUAUGUGCCGCGGGUCCUCAGAAAGCGGCCUUGCAUGUGUGGAGUUUGCACGUUCUCCCUGUGCCUGUGUGGGUUUUUUUCCGGGCACUCCAAAACACGCAUGGUAGGUUAAUUGAAGACUUUAAAUUAAAUAUGAAUAAAUAAGGUGUAAAUAUGAGUGCUUGUGGUUGUUUGGCUCUAUAUGCCCAGCGAUCGGCUAGCGACCAGUUCAGGGUGUACCCCACCUUUCACCCAGAGUCAGCUGGGAAAGGUUCCAGGGAAUGACAUAGAAUAAAAACUGGACUGCGCACAGGCCCGUUUCACGUGGUCAACAUUGCUUUGGGUACUAUUUCAUGUGAAAGUGGACAUCCUUACAUUUGUAAAUUGUGAAACAUAAUAACAUUGAAUUUAAUUGGAAUACGUGAGGUUUUGCUUUUUUUUUUUUUUUUUUUUUGGUGCUGUUGGCUGUCAAAAGCGUCCAGGCGGCCGCAAAGAACUAACUUUUCACUCGUAAGUGUGUUUCAGCUAAAACUUCAUAAUUAAUUAUUAUAUACAGUGCAGAAAAUAAGCAUUUGAACACCCUUCUAUAUUGCAAGUUCUCCCACUUAGAAAUCAUGGAGUUGUCUGAAAUUCUCAUCAUAGGUGAAUGUCCAAUGUGAGAAAGAUAAUCUAAAAACAAAAAUCCAGAAAUCAAAAUGUAUGAUUUGUUAACGAUUUAUUUGUGUGAUACAGCUGCAAAUAAGUGUUUGAACACCUGAGAAAACGAAUGUUAAUAUUUGGUACAGGAGCCUUUGCUUGCAAUUAGAGGUCAAAU